UUGCAUAAAAAGUAAGUAGGCGAUGAUGAUAUCAUAUCAUAUCUGAAUAUACUGACUACCUUUUUAAGUAGAAGCUGUGUUAAACCUUACGUACUUUCAAUUCAAAUGACGCGUGUAUGAAUUGACUAGUUUCAAGCAGAUAACUUAAGUCACAAGCAGUAGUAAAUAGGAGUAAAUUUUCUCCACUGUUCAUCAGCUUGUUGAAGAGACUUCAUUGAUUCUUGAUAAGCUACACAGGCAAGUUAGUAAGAAGGCCUAAAAAAAUGUCCAACAAAUCAUUGAAGACCGAUGCCAUCAAACAAAUCGAGCAAAAUGGUGGACUAAUCAAUAAACCUCACCGAAAAGAUUCAAACGAUGAAAUUUUUCUAUUCCAUUUAAGAAUACACAGUAAAAAUAUCGAUUUACCACGAAUAUUUGGAGAUGUAAAAUUCGUGUGUAUGUGUGGAACAGCUCACAGGGCGAAGAAAUUUGCCGAAAUAAUCAGACAAGAAGUGUAUUCGACGUCGUUCAACAAGUCUAAGGAAGUAUUCGAUUUGGCGCAAUUUGGACAUCGAUACAGCAUGUUCAAAGUUGGAAAUGUGCUCUGUGUCAAUCACGGUAUGGGCUUUGCUUCAUUCAACAUUGUAUUACACGAAGUCAUAAAACUACUGCAAUGUGCCGGUGUCAAAGAUCCAGAAUUUUUCAGAAUUGGCACUUGUGGAGGUAUUGGAAUACCCGAAGGUACGGUCUUGAUAUCGGAAAAAAUUGUCAAUGACUUUUUCGAAGAACAAUAUGAAAUGAAUGUUCUAGGAAAACGAAUAAAACUUGCCGCCAAAUGGGAUCAAAACUUGAUUAAAAAUUUGAAAAAUAUUUGCGAAACUAAAUUCCCAAAUACACAAAUGUUGAGAGGCACGACAAUGAGUGUUGAACAUUUUUACGAAAGUGUCGCCAGCACCGAAGCAUCCUUCUGCUUGAACAAUGAUACUGAAAGAGACAAGUAUUUUGAUCUGAUGAAGAAGCAUGGGGUUUUAAGCUUAGAUAUGGAAGCAAUAGCAAUGGCAGCCAUUACAUAUUACAUGGGGAUCAAAUCAGCGUCUGUGUUUGUGAAUUCAAAUAAUUUGUGUAGCACUGAGCUUCCGGAGUUUCCAGAUGAAGUCCGCGCCGAAUGGGAAAUCAGACCUUUUAAAGUAAUCGUCGAAUAUAUAAAAAGUAAACUACAAAAUACGAUCAUCGAAUAAAAAAGCUAUUAUA